GUGCAGCAUCUCAACAGUGUGAAUAGUUGUUGAACAAUGGCAGGAAGUUGGUGUGCUUUUCCAUCUCUGGCACUUUGUGUCUGGAUCUGUGCUUUAUGUCAUGCUGUUCCACAGUGGAAUAAUCUGCCCCAGAAUCCUCAAACCCUGAUGUUCCAGCAAACUGACCAGCGGUUUCAACAGCAAGCUCGUCAACAGUUUCCUCAGCAGGUUCAACAGCAAGCUCGUCAACAGUUUCCUCAGCAGAUUCAACAGCAAGCUCGUCAACAGUUUCCUCAGCAGAUUCAACAGCAAGCUCGUCAACAGACACCUCAGCAGUUUCAGCAACAAGCAAGUCAACAGUUUCUAGUUCAAGAGCAGGCUAGUCAACAGUUUCCUCAGCAGGUUCAACAGCAAGCUAGUCAACAGAUUCCUCAGCAGUUUCAACAGCAAGCUAGUCAACAAUUUCCUCAGCCUAAGCAGCCAGUGGCACAGGCAGAGCCCCUUGACAAAUGUGCUGUUGCUGAUUAUGAGCAGAUCCAAUGUGGACCACCUGGUAUUAGUGAUGCUGAGUGUGCAGCUAUCAACUGCUGCUUUAACGGACAGCAGUGUUACUAUGGGAAGGCAGUGACUGUCCAGUGUAUAAGAGAUGGUCAGUUUGUGGUGGUGGUGGCUAGAGAUGUUACGCUGCCUCGACUGAGCCUGGAUUCAGUCCGUCUCCUGGGUGGAAGUGACCCACCUUGCAGUCCUGUGGGUUCCACUCCUUUCUUUGUUAUAUACCAGUUCCCUGUCACUGCAUGUGGCACGAGCAUGAUGGAGGACAGUGGAUAUGUGGUGUAUGAAAACCGAAUGGUCUCCUCGUAUGAAGUGGGUAAUGGACCACUUGGUUCCAUCACAAGGGACAGCCAUUUUGAGCUUCUCUUCCAGUGUAGGUACUCUGCUACUUCUAUUGAAGCUCUGGUUGUGGAGGUCAACAGUGUUCCUCCACCACCUCCAGUAGCUGCUCCUGGACCCCUCAGGGUAGAACUUAGACUAGCAAAUGGCCAAUGUGUCACUAAAGGCUGUGCAGAAGGGGACGAGGCGUACACAUCCUAUUACAGUGCCGCUGAUUAUCCAGUUACUAAAGUCCUCCGAGAGCCUGUGUAUGUUGAGGUGCGCAUUUUGGAGAGGACCGACCCCAACAUUGUCCUAAUGCUGGGACAUUGCUGGGCAACACAAGCCCCCAAUCCACUCAGUCUACCCCAAUGGGACCUUCUGGUUAAUGGAUGCCCGUACCAGGAUGAUCGUUACAUGACCACAUUGGUUCCAGUGCCUGGAUCUUCUGGUCUUCAGUUUCCAACCCACUACAAGCGCUUUGUUGUGAAGAUGUUCACAUUUGUAGAUCCAGCAUCACUGGCUCCUCUGCAGGAAACCAUCUUCAUCCACUGUAGUACAGCGGUGUGCAAUACCUCUUCUGGCUCCUGUGAGCAAAGUUGCGCUAGGAAAAGAAGAGAUGUGCACGUCAAGACCAUCUCUAGUGGGAAAACUGUGGUGUCUAGUGGAGAAGUCCUCCUGGUCCUGUGAAUUUGGUGAUUUAAUAAACUUCCUGAAACUACA